AUGAUAAAGUUGAAAUACUUUGUUAUCAUCACAACAGCCCUUGCGUUUGUAGCCAAUGCACUCCUUCCUGCUGUUGUAUUUGAUCAAAAGCCCAUGGUGGCAGCACCUCCACAUCAUGCGCAUGGUCAACAACUACACCAGCAACCCAUCCAAAAGACCCGUCAGGAGCUCAGACAAGAAAUGGGAGGCUUGCCUGAAUCCUGGUUACUGAGUCCAAAGGAAAAGCAGCAGUACAUCAAGGAUGCAUUUGUAUUCUCUUGGGAAGGAUAUCGGAACUAUAGUUGGGGCUAUGAUGAGAAUCGACCUAUUAGUAACAGUGCCAGAAAUACAAGAAAUGGUUGGGGUGCUACUAUUGUAGAUGCUUUGGAUACGUUGUACAUUAUGGGUCUCCAUAAAGACUUCAAGGACGCUCAAGAUUAUGUCGCUUCUAUCCAUUGGGAUAAAAUCAAGAACGAUGAGCCUGUGCAACUGUUUGAAACCGUCAUUCGCUAUGUGGGUGGCCUCUUGUCUGCAUACGAUCUGUCCCAUGAAAAGGUGUUUAUCAAAAAGGCGGUUGAAUUGGUCGAUAAGCUACUCCCAGCAUUUGAUACCCCUACUGGCAUUCCGUAUCAAUACGUUAACUUUACAUCAGGCGAGCCUGUGAAAAGUGCUACUGCUUGUUUAGCUGAAAUUGGUACAAUCCAGAUCGAGUUUACCAGGUUAUCCGAAAUCACUGGCAACUGGAAAUAUCAUUAUGUGGGGCAACAUGUGUAUGAUGUAUUCACCAGCAUGCAUGUAAAGACGUUUGGACUAUUUCCUCACCUUAUUGAUGUCAAUACAGGUGAUCCCAUUGGAGAUCAUGUUACUUGGGGCGGCAUGGGCGAUAGCUUUUAUGAGUAUUUGAUAAAGCAGUUGGUUGUUUCUAGAGGAAAAGAUAGUGUCAAAAAGGAAAUGGUUUCCCAAAUCAUUGCAAGCCUCAAGGACAAGCUACUCGUUGACUCGCCCUCUGAUCCCAGUGCCUCAUUUCUGGCAGUAUUGGACGGCAAUCGACAGAAUCUUCAAAUGGAUGAACUGGCUUGUUUUGCGCCAGGCUCGUUACUUUUAGCUGCACGCACUUUUCCUGAAGAUUACAGCGACCUUGAAAAGAUUGCAAAGCGUCUUAUGUAUGGCUGCUAUAGCGCAUGGGAUCUUACCAUCACAGGCCUUGCUCCAGAGAUCUUUUCAUGGGACACGGAGAGAAAAAGCAACCCCAUCUACCACUCAGAAGGCAAGAGACCAGCUGUAUACCCUGUCCAUCCCAGCUACAUCUUGAGACCAGAGACAUUGGAAUCCCUCUACUAUUUCUAUGUAUAUACCAAAAACCCCCUGUAUCAAGACAUGGCCUGGGAUAUAUUCAACUCUUUGUACACGUAUUGCAAAGGAAAAUCAGGCUACUCGGGUGUCAGAAGAGUGGAUGUGCCUCAAAAGACAUGGGAUGACCGCGAAGAGAGCUUCUUUUUUGCAGAAACGCUCAAGUACUUGUACUUGAUAUUUGAUGAUCCAGAGGAUCCCAAGUUUCCCUUUGAUACAUGGGUAUUCAACACGGAAGCACAUCCCUUAAAGAUCACUGGCACGGUGCCUCCACCUGAACACUUAAAGAGCGGCAGGUUGUUUCAGCAAUCUUGGUUUAACCAGCAUAUGCUAUGA